AUGGCAGAUACCCUGGACAUGUCUGGCCCUUCCUCUCCGGAACAGCAGAGAGCCAAUAGGAUCCUCAGUGAGCCUCUAAGACGAAGCCUGAAGCGUUCUCAUCCCUGCUCCCUCUCAGAGUAUCUCAACAACACCAACAGAAUAGCCCACCACCAUAGUAGCUCCAGUAGUACAGAUAUCAGGGGCUUCCUCCACCCCACCGCAGCGCAGCAUAGGCCCAACCAGCCCAGGCAGCCCAAGCCUCACCGGGCCCCCUCCUCCAACAUAGACCUCUGGGAUUCCCCCAGUGGGCUUCACCUGGCUCAUGCUGCAGAGCUGCUGAUGAGGGCUGGGGCCUUGACACUGACCCCCACACCCAAGGACCAGGGCCCUCUGGGCGGGCUGGGGGCUGGGGGGAAUGGGGAGGAGGUGGAAGGUGGGUCCAGGGUUGAAGGGGACAGCAUGGGUUGUGUGACAGACUUCCUGCCACUGCUAGGCUGCUCCUGGUUCUCCUUGAACCCAGGCCUGUUUGCUCUGACAGCGGGAGGAGGGGGAUUCCUGACUGGUGGUGGAGGGUCAAUGGGAAUGGCUGGCGUUGGGGAGGGUGUGGAGGGGUUGCGAGGCGAGAGCUCGUCCCCUGGCAGCGGGGGGGGAGCUGGGAGAAGGAAGAGGAAGCGAUGCGGGGAGUGUGUGCCAUGUCGACGGAUGGGGAACUGUGAAGAGUGCAGCGCCUGCCGCAACCGUAAGACCGGACACCAGAUCUGCAAGUACAGGAAGUGUGAGCAGCUGAAGAAGAAGGCAGCCACUGGGUUAGAGGUGAGAGGAAGUGGAGAAACACACACCUAA